CGCUACAUAGAGCUUUUGUAUUUCAGACGACGCUUCCCGUAGAAAAAAAAAUAUAAAAAAACUUAACAAAAAUCUUAUUUUCUGCCACCACAUAUAUCACAUUUACCACAUACAACAAACAGCAUGACACCCUCCCUCGAAACUCUCCCCAUAGAGUUGGUAGGCCACAUCGUGGCGCUCAUCUCCCUCCGGAACAUCACCUCCCUUCACCUCACGAGCCACACAAUGGAGAGCAAGGUGUCCCAGCAACAACAACAACAUCUAGCCCAGUACUUCACCUAUAAAGAUAUCGAGCUGACUUCGGAGCCCCUGGAGAACAUGAUGCAUAUUACUAGUCAAGGCCAUCUGGGCUGUCUACUGCAACACUGCACGAUUACCGGCGUUGCGGGAAACGACGACGACGACGACGACGAGCACAUACGUCGUAGUCUAACCACGGCUUUCAGCAACCUGAAGCAGCGUUCGCCCACAGGUAGCCUAGCCUCUCUGUGUCUGCGUGUGAGUGUGCGCGACCACAACAACAGUAACGACAGCGACAGCGGCAGCGCUUCCGAAUCAUCAGAGUCAGAGCCAGAACGAAGUAACCCUUCACUACAAAGUAUCUGGGCCACGGCUCUGCGCACCUUCACCAUCACCAUGGCCGCACUCCACGCGGCGCAACUGCCCGUGGCCUCACACCUAGACAUUUACAGCGGAGGCUUGCGGUGCAGUCUUGUGUACGACGCUCUGUUACCGCUCCCCCGGCAGUUUACAUCGUCAACGUCUGUAUUCAGCUCGCUGAAAGAGCUGAAGGUGAGCCUCUCGUCGCCUUUCGUGGACUCCAAAGAGACCACACCCGGACACUCCCGCCCGACCGCGCACGGCAAACUAGCGCUGCGAGCUCUCCUAGACAUGUCAGCCAUCAUGCCGCAGCUGGAGUGCCUAGACGUGCACUGGUACAACACCAUCGUCGAUUCCCACACCUCUGCCUCUACCUCUGAUGUUACGCCGCCGCCACCACCAAACCCCGCAGUCGAGCUCAGCCCGUCUCAUUUCACAAGCCUCAAAGCCUGCACAUUCCGCGGUAUCUACAUCUCCUCGGACGACCUUUUCAUCCUCCUCAAAGCCUUACACCUCACUUCACUAAUCCUAACGGACAUCCGCCUAACAUUGGGCACCUACGCGUCCAUCUUCGACUACCUGGCCCUCCCAGACACGACCAUCACGGACUACCACCUCGACGACCUCCGUCAGGGACACGCGCUGGUGCAUUUUGACGUGCCGGGGACAGCGAAAUUCCCAUAUCGUGGGGCCACGAUGGGACCGAGUACGCUCACGAGGCAGGAAAGUGAAGCAAAGGAGACAAUAGCCUAUCGUAUGACUCAUGAACGGCCCCUGGGGUCUGGGGAACUGUGGCGUUGAUGGAGGAGGAAGAUUCGUGAAUUUGGCCCGGAGAACGAAGGUUAUUAUUUAUAGGCGUAACUCGCUCCCCUAGGUACCCAGAUUACGAAAUCUCUUCACUUUCUCACCAUCUCAACCACGAUUUACGAAACAACAAGCUAUCGUUUAAAGAAGUCACCCGCGCGGCCACACAGGUCAUCAAUCCUCGCACCAGCUCAGCCUCUCAUGGGGCCGACGACG